CCGUUGGAUACGAAACUUGAACUCUCUCUUGGUUGGUCGUCGGCACAUCAGGAAGAUAGGCGCUCGCUUGCUCACACGCUCACACGGAACACACACACGCACACACACACACACACACACACACAGAGAGCAGCAGCAGCAGCAGGAAGUCACGGUUGCUCGCUGCACACAGUCAGACGGGGGGGGGGGAGAGAGAGAGAGAGAGAGAGAGAGAGAGAGAGAGAGAGAGAGAGAGAGAGAGAGAGAGAUUCCAGUUAUGGCGCCGACGUCGGUGGGAGCGAGUGCAACGGGGAAUGGAAACGAGGAUGACAUGGUGUCUAAUGGGGGAGGGGAAAGGAGGGGGGGAGUGCUGGGAGGGAAUUCCACCUCCUGUCAGCUUGAUUUUACUGGGAAUUUGGAUCCAGUAAGAUCCAAUAUUGCACCAGGUCUAGACCAGGAUGAAGAAGAAGACCAGACGGCCGGCCUUGUAGAGGGAUCGAGUGAUCUGUUUACCACAAUCGAUCCGAGCUAUGUGGUCCAUCUCAUUCGACAGCUGCUGCCGCCCAUGUCUGGCCCUAGCGACCCUUACUCUUCCGAGGUUUCCAGUCACCAGUCGCAGCCACAUCAAGGGGAAGGAGGCAUCAUGAAAACACGGAACAGGACGUCAGCUUCAGCAUGUGAGGAGCAAGAUGUUCGGCUAAUGCAGGGCAAUGUCGGGAACAGAGCUGGCUUAUGUGAUCAUGUGCAAGGGGCGGUGGCUGACGUGUGCACCGCUCAGAGAGGGGUUGAGAGUCCCGUGAAUGAAGACGGCGGAGGGAUGUGUUCACAAGAGGGGAUGGGUUCAGACAGCGCUGAUGACAGCUCGUUAUCGUGCCCUUCGUUAAGAGAAGGGAGGGAAAGGGAGGUGCUACGGAAUCCUGAUGGUCCGAGCGAUGGGCUGGAGGUUGGGAAUCGUGGUAUGGAUGGCCGGGAAGGUGAAGAUGAGAGAGGAGGGAGAAGAGGAGGACCUAAUGUCAAUGCUGUUGGAUUAGGAAUGCUCGAGAUGGGCAAUUGCAGGAUGAGGGAGGAAGAUAAAGGGUUGGAGAUGGGGCGAUUGUCUGCACAACAAGAUGCUCCUGUUGGCAGUGAUGAGCUUGGGAAAGAACCAUCAGACCAAACGAUGAGUGCAGUGAAGAGGGUGGAGUCUGACGCCGAGGUUGCGAGAGAUCUCGAGUCUGACGGGACGGGACAACAAGGAAUGAAGGGCAUGGAUAUUGGGGAAGAGUGUGGGGGGAUGGAGCCAGAAGAACUGGGGUCAAAGGGCUACAAAGAUGAUGGUUUUCGGGGUUUCAAGGGGCGCCAAGAUGACCUUGGAAAUGAGGAGGAAGGAGAAGAGGUUGAGAAAGAGGACGAGGAGAGAGAAGAACAGGACCCUCGGGAGGAGGCAGGCUGCAUUCUUUGGGAUCUUGCCUCAAACAAGACACAUGCGGAGUUCUUGGUGCAGAAUCAUCUGCUGGAAGUGGUGCUUGCAAUUUUGCGGUCUUCACACACUGAUCGCAUGAGGGAAAUCUGUUUGGGAAUUCUGGCCAACUUAGCCUGCCAUCCAGAGACUGAAAGAGCUAUGACCAACAUGGAAGGUCUGGUGGAUGUUGCUGUUCAGCAGAUAUUUGUUGAUGAUCCCGCAAGCUUGACAGAAGUCUGCAGACUGCUUAGUGCAAGUCUCCACGGUGAUGCAGCAGUUCGUUGGGGAUUUGCAAUUGGCAGUGAUUUAAUUCUUGGACGCAUCUUAUGGAUAGCCUCAAACACCAUGCAGCCACAACUUUUGGAGAAGAGUUGUGAGCUGUUGCUUGCAAUGGUGGACGGCAAAUCGGGUGUGGGCGCAAUACUGAUUCCUGCCCUCCUCCAACUCAGCCUAUCAGAUGUCUUGAUCGAUCUGCUGGGAAGUGAGCUUUCUGCUAUCACCGACGGCUGUGAUGUUCAUGGGGAUACUGUGCUGGACACAUUGCUGCAAGUUGCUGAGGUGCUCUCGCUCCACGAUGACUGUGCAGCACAGCUCGCAGCCAAUCAGAAAGUGUUCUCUCUGGCAACGCAGGUUCUACAACUUCCUGGGAGAGAGGAGCCUGGUCCUUCGGCCAUCACAGCUGUCGUUUUGAUAGCAAAUCUUUUGGCAGAAGAGCCCUUACUUGUCUCCGUCUUGGCAUCUGAUCCGUCAUUCAUUGAGCGAUUGCUGCCGAUCUUGCCGGUGGUCACGGAUGAUCCCGGAGCUCGGAACGCUCUUUGGAGUGUGCUAGGGAGAAUAUUUAAGACCCUUGUCUCUCCAGAGUGGCCGUCAGAUCACGAAUUUGCGGAGAGAAUAACUGCUGUGAUUGUGGAGGGAAGUCGCAUGCUUGUUCAAGACUUGGAGGAUGAUCAUCACACAGAACCAGGCCAACCGAAUGGACCAGGUGCAGAUGCUCCUCAUGCCAAUGGAGUUGAUGUCGCAGACUAUCUACUGGGUGGAAACACCAUCGGCCUCGAGUGGAAGAUUCGAACGAUUGCUGACAUGAUACAGGUAAUGGAGAGAUGGUUGGCGGGUCUUGGAGACGUGCUCGCUGCAGGUCAGACCGCCAGCAAUUGCCUGUCAGUAAACAAGGUGGUGAUGGUGUGCAAGGAAUUGCAAAGGAGCAUGGCAGCAGUGGAUAAAGUCAUGGCUUCUCUGGUCCUUAAGCUGAACUCGCAAGGGCAACAACCUCAGAUCACAGGAUCAAGUGCAAGGGCAAGGUUUGGCUGUUGAAGACAAGAACAAGAUCAUGAUGACCAUCACUUUACAUCGGAACCUAUUUGCAGGGAGGACUGGUUGAUGAGGAGAAAGAUGAGAUGUCAGAGAAUCAGCAGCCAGGGACUUUCUUAUACAACAGUGAAUUUUUCUCUCAAAGGAGUACAUUUUGUCGCAGCCAAGGGAGAGAGAGUCUCGAUGGGAGAACUAGAGAGCAGCGGGGAGACAUGUAGGACGUGGCUGGCAGCACAAGUCAAGGCUGAAGGCUGUGUAAAGUAGAAAGUAGGAGGAGGUCAUAGCAUCGGAAUCUAGGGAUGCAAAUCCAUCUUUCAAGUCUCUCUGUUUUGAAGAGAGAAGGUAGGUGAUGACGCAUUUUGAGAGAAUGGAAAUGCAUGUCACUCCACCGU